AUCAACCUCAUUAGCCUCUGGCGCCGGAGCUACUCGCUUCGUCACCCUUAAGCGGUUAAUUGAUUAUUAGGACCCGUUUAUUGGUUUUGACCCUGCUAAUAUGGAAGAAGACUUAGCCGAAGACUUGGACUGUCCGAGCCUUCUGUGUGAGGAACUGGAGGAUCUGGAAACAAAGAAUGAACAAGGGAGGGUGAAGAGGAAUAGGAGAGAAGGAGAGGAGGAAGUGUUUAAUGAGAGGGAGGUUGAAGAGGCAGGAGAGGAGGCAAAGCAAGAUGGGAAGGAGGGGAAGGACGAUAAAGAACAGAAAUUGUCUGAAAGGGAUCGUAUGGUAACAGAAGGAGAAGAGGAGGAGCAGGUGAAGACAGGGAGUAGGAUGGAAGUGGAGGAGGUGCAGAAGGAAGACAAUGAGAACAAGAACAACCAGGAAACAGUUUCUGAUGAGCAUCAGAGUAAAGAAACAAAACGUUUAGAGGAGAAAGAGGAGCAGAAAAAGAGUAGGAAGAGGCGAGGCAGGAAGCAAAGUGGACGAAUGAGAAACCGCAGAGGAGUAAAAGAUGGUAGUGAGAGGCUGGAGGAGGAGAAGAAGAAGAGUCAGGUACAGGAGGUGUCAGCGAUGAGCUCAGAUGAGAGCUCGGCACUGUCGGAGCCUUCCUUUGGACUAGUGAACAGUAGUGAUUUGUCCAACCCCAUUUAUCUUGGCUGUGGUGGAACAGGCAUGUAUUGUCCCCCAGUUCCCAUUCCACUGCUGUACUCCUCACAACCUCCAGUCCCAAUUCAACCUGCACCAGCUCAGCCUCAGGGAACAAAACGGCCUCACAGCCCCCUUCUGUCUCGCAGUGUCCCCCAGCAGGGACCGCAGCCUGUUGAGAUGGAGAUAACCCAGGUUUACUCCACCCGACGCUCCAUUCGCUACAGCACCAGAGGCCGAGGCCAGGCCCUCAGUUUCCCUCUGCUGGCAGGGUUAGAGACUGUGGACUGUGGCCUGCUGCCACCUGCACCCAAGAAGAAAACACGAACACUCUACAGUACUGAUCAGUUGGAGCAUUUAGAGGGCCUGUUCCAGGAGGACCAUUAUCCUGAUGCAGAGAAGAGGAAGGUCAUUGCAGCCUCAGUUGGAGUCACACCUCAGAGGAUAAUGGUCUGGUUUCAGAACCGCAGGGCUAAGUGGAGGAAAGUGGAGCGCUCCAUCACAGCGAAGGGAGAGCACAGACAGAGCAGAGCUGGGUGCAGCAGCCUCAGCAGCCCCCCACAUCUCCAAAUUAAUCCCACACUGUCCACUCUGGCACCUAAUAGUAAUGGAGCUUCCUGUUUUCCUGGUCACUUUGCCAGCAAACUGCCCCAGCUUGCCCAUGCAGCACCUUCUUUCCCCACCCUGUCUAACCAGACCUCAACCUCCUUCAACAACCUGCUGGCCAGCCCUGGUCAGUCCAGAGUGAGAGAUGGGAGCCAGCUCUCUGCUCAGGGAGGGUUAACGGAGUACCAUCCCCGUCCUAUGCACAGCCCUCCUCCUUUGCGGCGAGCCAGUCUUCCCCUUUUCAAUACAGCGUACAACCCCGCUAACCCCACUCCACCUCUCCUUAACACACCGGCUCCAACACCACCUCUGAUUGUAGAUGCUCUGGAGGGCGGCUCCACCUUAGCUCACCGUGACACACAAUCUCUGCAGACUGACAUCAGUUCUCUGUUUGACUUUGGGGAGAAACUCGACUAUCUGACGUCCAGCCAGCAGAGCAACAGUCUCUCUUACCCGCUUCAGACCUCCUUCUCCACCAGCCAACCACAGCACCAAGCUCAAGCAGCUCUACCUCGCAUGGCUUACCUCACCCCGUCCCCCUACCUCACCCCAAACCCUCCAGAUUCCAACCCUACCUCUUACCUGACCUUUGGCCCCGGGGGAAACUCCACAGGUGUGGUGACAUACUCCACUGGAGGCCACGCCUACUUCCAGUCCCAGAGUAGUGGACAAAUCCUGCUGCAGUCCACUGGUCAUCAUGGAGGGAUCACAGCACAUCAGUCAUACCCGUGGGGUAGCAUGUUCAGUCAGCCAGGUGUGCACCAGCGUACUCGAUGUCCUUCAUCUUACCCUGCCAGCAUGGGUGCUGCUAGAGACCAUCAGCCACCCUCCUCCACCACCCUGCCUCCCCCUGUAUUCUGUCCCCAGGGGGAUCUCGGGCUCUUACAAGCAAACUCGCAGCGCUCCUCACACACCACCACCAGUAGCAGCAGCAGCAGCAGUAGCAGCAGCACCAUCCUUCCACCUGUGUCCACACUGCGUCCCCCACACUUCAGAGCAGAGAGCACACCAACCAAGGUGGCAUCUCUGUUACCUUCUCAGGUCAGCCCUGCAUCACCAGAAAGCCCUCCAGUGCCCCCUUGUGUCAAGAUUGAGUAUGAGAGCCCCCGAGAGAUACACAGUCACUUCCAAUGUGACUUCUCCUCCAUACAUUUUUGAAUGCAUGCUUGUGUGCUUAAAGAGUUUUUUUGUUUUUUUCUUAAAUAGUAAUGUAGUAUUGCGUGUAUG